AUGGCUGAAAAUCCAGGUCCCAUAGAAACAGUAUCAGUCACAGUUACUGAAGAACAGUGUAUAUCUAAAGAAGAAAACCCUGAGCCUGCAAUGGCGAGAGCUAAAGCAAUUCCAAUGAAUCAUAUCAUACUUCCAUUAACCAUUCUCUCUCUUCUUCUCUCUCUUCCAGUUCUUUCCUCAGUGGUAUGGCUACUAUACAAUCGUCAAUACGAUUGUGAAGACCUCCUGAGAUUGCCAAAGCUACAAGUUGGCAUUGUCAUUGGCCUGAUCUUCCUCUUCGUUGUCAGUAAUGUUGUAGUCUACCUGAGAUCUCGAUUUCCAGUCCCGGGACUUCUCUUGGUUAUGUUACCACUGACAGUGAUGCUUACCGUAGGUCUUGCCCUUGUUGGAGCAUACAAGAUGGAGUCUGGGACCAUACAGGGUUCACCUAUGUGGCUCAAAAUGAAAGUGCUUGACAACAACAACAAUUGGAACAACAUCAAAUCUUGCAUAUAUGACACAAGAACAUGUGAAGAUUUGAUCUCCAGAUCGUAUACAGUCAAGGCUUACGAUUUCACGAGGAGUAAAUUGUCCUCCAUUGAGUCUGGGUGUUGCAAACCACCCUCAAAUGGAGUAUGUGAACGCCACAUUUUGGAUAAAAGGCGAAUCAGUGGACUAUAG